AUGAAGGUACUGGCCCUGGUGAGCGGCGGAAAGGACUCGUGCUACUGCAUGGCGGCCUGCGAGAAGCACGGCCACGAGAUCGUCGCCUUGGGAAAUCUGCUGCCCAUGGAUGAGGCAAUCGAUGACAUUGACAGCUACAUGUUCCAGACAGUGGGGCACCAGAUGGUGGCGGCCUACGCCAAGUGCAUGGGGCUGCCCCUGUUCAGGAGGGGCAUAGGCGGGGAGGCCGUUGAACAACACCUUGUGUACCAAAGUACCGGGGGGGAUGAGGUGGAGGAUCUGUUCAAGUUGGUGAUGUAUGUGAAGGGAGUGGUGCCCGGGUUGCAGGCGGUGUGCUCGGGGGCAAUUGCAUCUGACUACCAGAGGCUGAGGGUGGAGAAUGUGUGCCAGAGGCUGGGCCUGGUCUCGCUGGCGUACCUUUGGAGGGCCCCGCAGGCGGCCCUUUUCCGUGAUAUGGUGGAUUACGGAAUCCACGCGAUCCUUGUCAAGGUGGCGGCGCUGGGGCUCAAGCCCCAUGUGCACCUUGGUCUGAGCCUUGUGGAGGUUAGGUACGUGCUGUUCCAGUUGAGGGAGGAUUUUGGGUGCAAUGUCUGUGGGGAGGGCGGGGAGUACGAGACCCUGGUUUUGGACUGUCCCCUGUUUAAACAUGGUAGAGUGGUUCUGGACGUAUGGGAGGCAGUGGUUGACAAUCCAGACCCCAUCUCUCCGUCUGGGUUCCUGAGACCGAAGGCAUUUCAUGUGGAAGGCAAAGAGGGAGCCGAAGUGGGCAUCGAUCCAUCAAUCAUUGAAGUCACAGAGGAGUGCUUGAAGGAAGUGGAACAUCUGGGUGUUUUGACACCAGCAGAUGAAGCGAUCGAUGCUGGAGGCCCAUCUUCAUUUGAUGUCAGCGUUGAUGUCAGAGAUUCCACAGAUUUUUGCCACAUCUGUUGCACCCCAAGUUUGAAAGAGAGAAUGGAUGGUCAGCCUCCUUCAUCCGACACCACCUCAGAGGCGAUGAUGGCAAUGCUGCGCGCUCUGAAGAGCGAGAUGGAGCACAGGCAGCUGGCCUGGCACAGCUGCAUCUUUGUGCACCUGUACUUGGCAGACAUGUCCCACUUUGGUGUGGCCAAUCAAGCGUAUUGCCGAUUCUUCCCACCUGUGGACCCGCCCUCAAGAGCCUGUGUGCAACUCCCGCUCCCUGCAGACUGCCCAGCGAUGAUGGAUGUGCUGUUCAUGUCAGGUGCCUUGGGGCGUGCUUGUGAUCGUAAGAUCCUGCAUGUGCAGAGCAUCUCAAGGUGGGCACCAUGCUGCAUUGGGCCAUACAGCCAAUGCACAUCCCUCGGGGGCCUGUAUUUCAUGGCAGGUCAGCUGGGACUUGAGCCUGCACUGAUGACCCGCGUGUCAGGUGGUUUGUUGGCAGAAUUUGUCACAGCGCUGCGGCACUGCCAGUCAGUCGCUGUUGCAGUGGGGGGCAACAUCCAAGCUGCCAUGAUUUGGGCCACAGUUUAUCUGGCAAGUGCGGGCAUUGAACACAGCGAGGGAUUUUCAUCCGAGGCUUCUUCUUUGGAUUGGUCAUUGCAAGCCUUCAAUGCUGGGAUGGAUUGGUGGGCUGGCUCAUCAUUAGUGGUGGGGCAUCCAAGUGACAGUGUGCAGACCCACGCGCCUCUGGGAUCGUGGGAUGUGAGCGAAGGGAACAGCGAUCCAGAGGAGCCACUGGAUUCAUACCUACAAACCCCAUCUGUGGAUGCCCAACUGCCGCCCCUGCUGAUCUAUGUCAAAGUCCCAGCCCUGCCCAAGAUGGCCUUUGUGGAAGUGCAGCCAGGCGGACUCGUGCUUCAGAGACAGCAUGACAACCAUACAGACCAGGGCAUCAGCGCUCCUGACACUCCACACGAUGCUGCCCCAGCUCUGGACAGCCAAGCUGUCUCUCCUGUGCAGGUCACCCAAUCACAGUGCUUCGAUUUGCCCUGCAGCUUUGGCAGCCUUGAGGUGGCCUCUGUCCGAGUGGCUUUGGAGGAUAUCAGCUCUGAUUCUGGUGUGGAUUGCCGCCUUGCCUGGAGCAGAUCCCGUUUCCUUAAAUUCCACAGCUUCAUCCCUUCACUCAAGGGCAAAGGCCUGGAUGAGUGGACAACCAACCAGCUCACCUCUGCUGGCCAAUCAGCUGCUGGGGCUCUGUGCCAAGCGCUGAAAAUAUCACAGCUAUGGUAUGAAGACAUUGCUGUGUUCCGAGUCUACUACUGCGUGGGGGGAAUCGGCGAUCCCAGAUUGGCCAGGGAUGCUGUCCUGCAGAUCUUGCAGCCGUAUCUGAGGCUGUCAGAGGAUGGGGCAUCUGCAGCAGAGCCUGUGUUGAUACCAGUGGCGGGUGUGGGCCUCUCAAGCAGCAUGCAGUCAGCUGUGGCACUGGAUGCCCUGGUGUUCAGACCAGGCACACUCAGUGGCGAUUAG